CCCCCCCCGCCCGCCGCAGCCGCGGGAGCCCCGGUCCGCGGGGGAGCGGCGCUGCCCGCCCGCUGCGUGCGCGCCGGGCACCGGCCCCGCAGGAUAGCGCUGGUUCGGAUCCUUGGAAAGGCAGAACGUGCAUGCACGCACACAGAACUGUGGGGCGUCGUGCGCUAGGUCAUAGAAGUGCCUGAGAACAGCACCCAAGAGUAAAAAACGCGUCUCGUAGCAGAUGCUGCCCAUCCACGAGCCGUUAGAUCUGGCCACCGAUCUUCACUAUUGCAGUAAUUAUUCUUGCAAAUGCAAAAAGCCACGACAGCACGCAGGUCCAACCAGUACAGUAUGUGGCAGCGAUAUUGUCCUAGCACGCUGGAAUACCAAGGGAUUCUUUCAGUCACAGUGUUUCAGCGAUGCUCUUACUGUUUACUGUGUGCACGAUAGAGCACGAAAUGAGCUUGCAGUGAACUUUGGGAUCCUAAAGCUUGGCUUCUGUGGUGGGUUUAAUGGCAGUCCUGGCCCAUCUCAUCAAUCCAGUCUUGACCAGAUGAACCUCAAAGAAGAAAUAGUAGUGAAGGUGGUAGAGCCGGAAGAAAACUCAGAGGACAUGGUAGUGGUUCCACCUAGUCAAGAACAACUGCCUUAUCUGGGGACAUCAGGUGGUGGUUCCUCUGGGAAAGUAAAAGCCAAAACAAAAAGCAGGUCCCAGGCAGACCAAAAUGAAAUGACUGAAGAGGAUCUACUGCAGAUUCAGCAGACCCAAAUACAGGUGAUCCAGUCUGGCUUUGACAGUGUCAACCACAAUCUUCAGCUGCUGCAGCAAGGCAUGCAAGACCUGAGUAACAGCAUCAGCAUCAUGGCACAUACACUUGUUGCUAUCAAGAACGUCUAUGUGAAAAACAACACUGGCCCAACCACACAUGCCACUGCAUCUACUCAGACCAUAGCUGGGUACCUGAGCCCAGGAUCCCCCCAGCUCUCCCCUGCUAAGGACAGAGCUAGAGUACAGGUGGCUGGAAGCAGCAGCAGAAGCAGCAGCUGCAGCUCCAGCUCCACGUCACAAGAACCAGGUCCUUCCGAGUUUCCUAGGCCCCCCCUGAGAACCAUUAAGAAAGAACAUCCAAAUGGCUGCUACUACUUCUGCUUUGCAGAUGUGUAAAAACUUGAGUAUAUGUAAAAUGACUGUGUUGUUGGGUGCUGAUGUAUGUUCUGCUCCAGCCUGUGACUUUGAAGGAGCAAAGUGGACUUGCCUCCUAUGUUUUUCCCAGUGGGAAACAUUUUGCUAUAGGUGGCAUUAAACACUAAUUACCAGUCUCCAGUUAACUCUGUUGCAGUUGGCUAAUAAAUUUCCUCUCUUUUCUUUAUCCUCUUCUUCUCCUAAAAAAACCAAACAUUUAUUUUGACUAAGACUUUUGUCUGUAUCGUCGUUUGUUUAAUGUCACCUUGUGAAAAAUAAAAGGCAUGAAAGUGG